AUGCUCCAAACACUAAACGACGUCGAGGAAGAAAUCAGCCGAAUGGAAGGCGAACUAUUGAGGCUGAAGGGCCUCAGGAAUGACCGCUUUCUCGCCAUUUCAAAUCUUCCUCCCGAGAUUCUGUCCCUGAUCUUCGAGCAUCUUUCUUUGCUUCGUUCGCCGCAUUCGUCAAGAAACUACCAUGCCUGCUGUGCGGCAUCUCAAGUAUGUCGCUCUUGGAGGAACAUAGCCCUUAAUACUCCUCGCAUCUGGGGAGUGAUUUGCAAUGAUUUCUCGGAACGCUGGAUGAAUCUCCUGCUGAAACGCUCGAGGUCUGCACCGUUGAUAAUCCAGCGAGGGAAUAUGCAUAACUCCUUGCAAAUGACCGCGGCUCUCCUGGCGCCCCCAUACACUGAGCGGUUGAAGGAAAUUGAUGUCAACGUCGGUACGGAACAGGACCACGAGCACGUCACUCGUCUACUCGAUUCGCCCACUCCACUCCUUACCAUGCUAUCUAUAUGUCUAUUUCCAAGUCCGAGCGUCAGCGGAAAGACAUACCACCUGGGACAUAAAGCCACUAGAUGUAACAUCGAAGUCCUCCACCUUUUCAAUUGUUCAGUAGACUUUGAUUCCCCCUUCAGCCAACUGCAGGAACUCGUCAUCCAUUUUGGCCUUUUCCAUAUGGACGCGGCCAUGUUUUUAUCAGUACAGCGCCUGCUAGUCGUCCUACAACGUACGCCCAAACUGCGCAGCCUUUAUUUGUCUCAUGUCCUCAUCGCGGACACCACGCCAUCCAACCUCGUCGUCCAUCUUCCUCAUUUAACGCACUUCCGACUGACUACGAUGCACGCCUCCAACCUCUCGGUUUUCAACAACAUGGUCAUGCCCAGUUUGACGACCGUCCAAAUUUGUGAUUGCGCUGUCGGCGCAGGCCCGCUCGUCGCGAAUAUUGCGCCAGUGUUUGCAGUGCUUCCCCCUGCUUCCACUUCACCAUGGUUAGCGAAGCUCAUAGUCGGGGUCGAGGGCAUACAAUAUAACGCCACGUUGAAAGUCAGUGUGGCGUCUCCCCCUUUCGAACUUGACAUCGAAUUCGGUCACCGAGGGGACCUCAGACAUAUUUUAGACUUAUGCGUCCACCUUCCGUCUAGCCAACCCAGAGUCCUAUCCUUAACCUGUGGCGCGGUAUCGUCUGAAUACAUCAAAGGACUAUGUCGCCCUUUGGUCAGUGUCGAUGAACUUCAUGUAUCCGCCCUCAACGAUGCACUUCUUGUUCUCGGCGACACACCCAACGUCCCGACCCCCUUCUUGUCCCUACCAGCCCUGCGACGCAUUGUCCUCAUUCCUGAGUUGGGAAUCAAGUACAAGAGCAGAAUGCUACCCAGAUUCCGGCGGAUGCUGCAAGCCCGGAAGCACAUUAAUGCCCCGAUAGAGCACCUCAAGCUGGUUAACGUCGAGUUGACCCCGAAGGAGAAGGAAGCUCUAGCGAAGUUGGUGGACCUGGAGUUCCAGUUCGGUAUGUCUCAAUCACAUCUCUUCUCUGGUGGCCCACUGAAUCGUCGGUGA